GGCAGCCUGCUUGCUCUGCGGCUGCCAGCCGGGCUGUGUGUGCUGACGAGGAACCUGGAGGAACAGGGACAUGCAUCGCGGCGUCACCCUCGAGAAUCCCUACGCCAGCGUGGACAUCCCACGGGCCCAGUUUCAGCAGAGCUUCAUCACUCGAUACCUGGAAGAUGAGCCCUCUUCAGCCACCGUGAUUGCCAACCCUGCCGCUGUGCCCACGUACAGGCCGGAGGAGCAGAACCCUGCUGCCAACACAGCCAGCUGGAACAGUCCGACCAUUUCCACUGAGAAGUCCUGGUCUCAGCCAUAUAACCCCUAUGCCAGCCUGAAGAUGCUCAAUAGGACAUCCCCUGACUCCUUCUACACAGUCAAUCUGGACAAGCCAUCGAAUGCCCCUGAGCACAAGGUGGAUGGGGGAAACUGCUGCUAUAAGUACUGCCCCUGCUGCAAGAAGUGCUGCUGUGUCAUCUCCUAGAAGUCCUCGCUGGGAGCUCUGGAUGUACCAACGUCAGAUCAGUGCUGGGCA